AUGCUGGUGCAUACCGGAUUCAGUGCGCCAACUUUUGUUGAAAAGCCUCAGAUAUCAUCGCGCGAUGAUGGACAAGUUAUGGUUAUGGAAUUCAGAGCAAAAUCUAUCCUUAAACCGACCUUUGUUUGGCAAAAGGGUGACGAAAUUGUAGCCGAAUCAGAUCGAGUAAAGAUUGUACUCAAGGAAGAAGCCAAUCAGACGUAUUAUGCUGCCCUCGAAAUCAAGGUCUGCUACAGUUGCUUUGAGAAAUUGAACCCCGUCAAGCAAUCCAUUUCGAAGCCAAAUGUCUUACUGUUUAGUUAA